GGAACACGCGCACAAAACGCACCCCCGCCCCGUCCAUCAUCAUCCCGCUGCACGCGAUCGUUCAGCAGCAGCUAGAAGCGAUACCGCCGAAAAGAGAGAGGAAGGGCAGGAAGGCAUGUCAUCCCACGCCGCGACCGCAGCGUGCAAGCCAUGCCUCAACAAGAAGUACCCGCUGCGGAAGCAGCUCCUGCUGAGCUCCCUCUCCCUGGCCGCGGUAAGCCUUCUGCUGGCCCUCGGAGUGGUCAUGGGCACGACGGCCUACAUCGGCGACAAGGCUGAGUCCGAGGCCCGCGACAGCCUGGAAGCCCAGAUAGAGCGGCACCUCAGGGACGCAAGCGUGGAGGCCGCGGCUACAAUCGGAGAGAGGUUCCGGAAGAUCCAGUACGGGGUGCUCGACGUCACGGCCUUCGCCCUCAGGGACGCCUUCCAGGAGGACCUCGUCCUUGCCGGGGGAGAGGAAGGGUACCCCCUUUCUCCGGCCCACACCGACCUCCGCGACAUCGAGAUCACGGAAAGCUCGGAAGCCAAUCUGGUGGGCUUCAGCCGACAGGACGUCCUCGUCGACCUCUCCCGCAGCGUCUGGUACUACGCGGACGCCGAGUCCAACACGGUCGAGGUUUCGGCGGCGGAAGACCAGCUCAAGAUCAACCAGUCAGCCCGGCUAGACCUCCUGUGGCCGGCCAUGUACAUCAACUCGAACGACACCAAGGGCAUCCUCCUCGGCGUGGAACUCUCUACCACCAACCAGAUGUUCCGCUACUUCCCCGGCACUGACCUCAGCGCGGUGGAGGGCUCAGCCUUUGCGUGCGAGGACGUCCAGGAAGACGGAACCUCUCCUUGCUACGACCCUACCGAGCGCGACUGGUACGAGUUGGCUGAUGCCGCAGUCAUGGACUCGGAGACCUUUCUCGGGGGGGCGAUCGUCACCCCUCCCUACACCGACGCCGUCGGGUCGGAGAACGACUGGCUCGUUACCCUAGCCCGGGCUGUGUACAGAAACUCGGGAACGACCAGCGGCAGCCUCCUGGGAGUAGUCGGCGUGGACAUGCGGCUGGAGCAAGUGCAGGAGUCGGUGGAGGGUAUCAACUUCCUCGAAACGGGAUACUCUAUCCUGGCGACGGCUGAUGAAGGAGUAGUGCUGGCAGCGGGGGCAGCGUGGGACAGGGACACUGCAGAAAAUAUCACGAAGGUGUGCGACCUCGGGAAUGGCAUCUGCUCCGGCGACGAGGGCGACAGCUGGGAAGACCUGCUGCUGGAAACCAAGAACGGCGGCAUCAAAACCUUCAAAGCCGUGUCUACCACCGGAGGUGGCGAUGAGGAAGAGUCGAUCCUCAUCGCCGCCCCCAUCACGACCACCUUCGGCACGGCCGUUUCCGGCGGCGAGGGCAAGGUGACCCACUACAUCCUGAGCGCCGUUCCGCGGGACGAGAUCUUCCAACCGGUGGACGGAAUGGCGGAUUUGAUCCGGGAAAGCACCACGGAGAUCAUGGUCACGACGGCCAUCGUCGCCUGCUCCACCCUGGUCGCCGUGGCUCUCUCCGUCUACUUCUUGGCCGGCUCCAUCACGCGCCCCAUCGUGAAGAUGACCUCAGCCGCACGCAGCAUCUCCAAGGACGGGGCGAAGACCGACGUCUUCGGCAGUGUAGCGGCCACAUGGGGCGGCAGGAGAGACGGGAGCAGCGGCGCGGGCGACAGCAUAGACAGUCGCACCGCGGGGCGCUACACGAUGAACCGCACCGCGUGCCUGGACUACCUCCUCUGCCGGGGAGACGACGAGAUCUCUACCCUCGCCAGAGAAUUCCAGCUCAUGAUCACUGGGCUCGGGAGGCGGGGAGCGGCGGCGGAGGCGACGGGUCUGGCGGAGGCCUCGGUGUACCCCAAGAACCCCUUCACCACGGAUUUCAUCAGGCCGCCCCCUACAAAUCCGACCGCGCCCGACGCCACACCCGGCCGACCCAGCGCGCCCGGGCAGGCCUCGUGAAGAGGAAGACGAACGUGUGGCCCUCGCACUGCCGCUUUCUGCUGGGUGUGUGCCACCGCUGCCUUUGCAAGGCACCGUGGUGGAAAGCGAUGAGUGCCUGUGCGUCCGCCACCGAUCGCUGCCAGCGGCUGGCGAAAGUCGUCGUCGUGCAGCCAGCCUCAAGCCCCGGGGCUGGCUGCGACGCCGUCGUGAUUGGUGUUCUUGCCGCUGGGAUCUGGUGCGACGAUAAGCCCUGGGCGGGUCAAGAGCUUAACUUUUUUCUCUCGGUGCUGGUGAGUCGCUGCACUACGCUGCGACAACAUCGGGUAGCCGAGGUUGUUUUGUGUGACGCAGUGCCUCGGGGGGGCUGCUGAUGAAUGGCGUGCGACGAGUUGUAGACUUGAGUAAAAUAUUUGUGUGCCGUAUCCUCUGCAUCACUGUCAAGCCAACAGCGAUCCAGGAAGAGGGCUGGCUGUUUGAAGACAACAUCGGCAGGCCCACCGAACCAACUGUACAUUUUUUGAAGGAUAAGGUUGUCUUGCGCCUGUGCGAGAUGAUAACACGCUACGUUGUCUAUUUCAGUUUAUUGUUGUGUGUUCAAGCGUACCUACAUGGACGUCGUUUCUCCGGAUAUUUCAGAGUUAAAUAGUAUUUUGCGCUGGGCGACUGCGUGGUCGAUAGGCAAGGCCGUGAUACAUAUGCACGUUCUCCCGGCAAAAGCUUUUUUUUUUCUUGCCGGGAAGGAACCCCUGCCAAAAGUAUACCGAGUAAAAAAGUGUUUUGUAGCUCUUGUAAUGCCGUCCCUACCACCACAUAGUCCACGUCACUCAGCACAGAAAGAGCACCUAGUUCGUACAUUUGUUGGUACGCCGAUGUUGGUCGUGUCAGCCGUGCUAGGAAAGUUGUUUCUCGUUGCGCUGAGCUUCUGCUGUUGUUGCUUUUUUGUCUACCCACGGGUGGACAACGGCGAACUUGUUUUUUUUUUUUCUUUGCAAAUCGAAACGUGUAAUCACCCUUGUGCAUAAGCCAUGGCAAACGAUAACUAUCUUAGGAGUGAGCGUUUUGUGGCACGGGGGCUGUGAGGCCGCUGAGCUGCGUAUGGCACUCUCAGGCAGGAAUCGUAUCCAGCAGUCCUGUAGCAGACGGCGCAAGCAUUGCGCGGAGGUGUUGCUGGUAUCAUGAUGCUUGGCGCGGUUCGAGGGAACAAGAAAUUUUCGCUGAAUCGUGAUCGACGGCAAUAUCAAGUAUCUAGACUCUUUACGUUUGGCUUUCUCGCUUGUCCAGUGUUUUUCUUCGGACUAGGAAGGCGUGCGGGAUACGUUCACAAGUGCCCGCUGCCCCUCCUGUGCACAACGGGCAGAUACUAAAUGGAAUAUAGACUCUUUGCGUUUGGCUUUCUCGCUUGUGCUGUGUUUCUCUUCGGACUAGGAACGCGUGCGGGAUACGUUCACAAGUGCCCGCUGCCC